AUGUCGAGCUAUCACGUGCCUUUCACUCUGCCCGGUUCUUCAUCAUCCGCUUCUUGUGUUACACUGCACAAGUCCGGCCGGAUGCCAUACACUGCGCCGUCGAAGCAGUCGCCUUCCGCGCAGCACAUAGAACACUCUGACUUCACCCCGCGGUCCUGUUCCCCCGAGACCCGGAAAGGUUCUCGUCCCUAUUCGACAACGUCCUACACUCGCAAGCAUCGGAGAAGCCCCUCCACGAGCAAGUCCUUUGUGGCUCCUGGCCCCACUAAUCCCUCCAAGUUGAAGCAUGCCGUCGACCUCAAUGGUCCCAUCAGGCAAUCCCCUCCGCCGAUAAGUGAGGCUCGCAUUCCCCCGGGGGCGGUCAUCUCUCCUCCCGAGUCCGCCCCCAACUCCAGUGAUGACGAGGCUGCCUCCUAUCGACAGCGGGAUGGUCUUCAACUAGAGGAGCUCGAAGAGGCCGUCCGAUCCAUCGAGCAGCGCCGCGUCUCGUCUCCCGAGAGACAGCCGUCCGACAUGAAGCCCUCCUCUAGCCACACCACAGCUCCCGUCAAUGGAAAGAAGUCUCCCCAUCCCCCUCUCUCCAAGGAAGCCCGCAAGAUAUCACAUUCGAGAUCCGCCACAGAGACUUCCAUCUCCCAGAAACAGGAACAGGCCCUGACGAGCUCCCCCGAGGACAGUGAGCGAGAGGAUGAGCCCACCAAGAGACACCCAAUGGUCCGCAAAAAGUCCGGCGAACUGGUGCGGCCCGCCCUACGACCGCCCUCGGCGAGAAGACGGCCCUCAAGCAUGCCGGGCACGCCCACCUACUCCAAAGCGGUCCACUUCGACUCCCAGCUGGAGCAUAUCCGUCACUUUCUCCAGGUGGAUAAGCCCCAGGCUGUGAGUGCGGGGACAUCUCCCGUAGAUGACUACGAUGCCGAGGGCGAGUUUCCUUUCGCCGAGCAUGGAUCCGAGGCCCGUUCUUACGAGUGGGACAUCCGUCUGCCGAACUUCCCUCACGACCCUUCGAGGAGAGCGCAUCAGCGAGUCCGACUGGAACGCCUGUACUUGUCAUCCGACAAGACUACCCUGGUUGGUAUGGUAGCCGUGGCCAACCUCGCCUUCCACAAGCUCGUGGCCGCUCGUUUCACUUUUGACUACUGGAAAACCAUUUCCGAGGUGUCUGCGGAGUACCACGAUGAUGGGCGCCCCAAGCAGAACUAUGAUGGCUACGACCGAUUCAGCUUCAGCAUCAAGCUGGAUGAGCAGGCCAAUCUGGAGCGGAAGACGAUGCUCAUCUGCAUUCGCUACACCGUCAACGGCGAGGAGUUUUGGGAUAACAACAGCUCCAUGAACUACCAAGUCAAGUUUCUCAAGGUCCCCGUGGUGAGAGGGGAACCCUUGCGCCUGGGGGCGAAACCCGCUCCGACCGCUCGCGUUCCUCUCCCUCGCAGCAGGACAUUUGCUAAUUUUGGCGCGCGCCCUCACUCGAUGCCGCCUUCUUUCGAUGAUUUUUCCAGCAUGGACGAUUACUUGUCUUUCGGCCAUCCCCCGAAGGCUGCCAAGGAGCGAUCCUUGUGUGAGGAUGCCUCUCACGAUGAGGAGAGUGUGGCCCCGAUCCGUCGUGACAAGCAGUCCCACCAGGUCUUUGGGAGUCGGUAUGACUUUGAGACGUCUCUGACGGCGGCCAUGCGGAAUAAGGCCCCUCAUGACCGGACGACGUUGACGGCUCGAGCCAAGUCGGGAAAUGGCCCUGAUAGUAAGAAACAGGCUCCUUCGGGUGAGACUGAUUUAACUGUGGGAAAGUGCGCCCCCGCUACCGAGGUCAACCCGUCACUCUCCCCUCUCGAUAAUGCACGGCCGUCGACCCUGGUGUCGAGCAAGCCGCACCGCGAGUCGUCCGUGUACAAGGAGCUGGUGGACAAGUACUGUUUUUUCGGGGCUCCGAGUCUCGUGAGCGACGGCGGCCGGAUCCCUGCCUCUGGGUCGGAGCCAUCGUCUGCACGCCGCGACUCGACCAGCAGUUCCAGCUCCGUGUCGCCCUGCUCGUCGCCCGUCAUGUCGCCCCGGUCGGAUGGCAGUCGGGACGGCGGCUCGCGCAAUGCGUCGUCUCCCAAUCAGUUUGGGUAUCCCUUUCUGCAGCACAUGCAGCAUCGUUUUCUCCAAGACGCACACCCGCCAACGGUGAUUCAAGGAUGA